AUGUCAGGCAUGUCCUGGUCCAUCGAACAGCUUGAGGUCCUGUUGGCCUGUGGGUCCAACUGCUUUUCCUCAGUGGGCAUGCUCCUCUUCAACAAGCUAGCAGUCCAGGCCUUCCCGCUCGAAUGCUGUCUGGUGUGGUUUCAGCUCUUCUUCGCUGCAGCCUUCAUGCUGAUCUUCGCGUUCCCAUACCUCCAUGUUGGCUCUCUCAAAGACUUCAUGCGAUGGUGCAUCGUCGUGCCCUUCUACUGCGGCAUGCUAUUGACAUCCAUCUUAGCAUUGAAGAAUGCCCCGAUGUCACUGCUCAUAGUCUUGCGGAAUGCUUCGCCGCUAGCUUCCCUAGCAAUCGAGCGCCUCUACCCGGAACCGCUGCGCAUCAGUCCAUGGAUGCUUGGGUCCAUCUUCAUGAUGCUUGCAGGGGCGGUUGUGUACGUCUCGGAGCUCCCAACAAAGCAUUACCAGGGCAUCGGAUGGAUCUUGUUGAACAGCUUCAUUGCCGUGAUGGAUCGAUGCCUGCAGCGCCUCCUCCUUAGCAAGGAUCAGCAGCCCGUGGAUAUCUCGAAGGCCGGCAUCACCUUGAUCAACAACUUGAUGGGCUUGGUUCCUGUCGGCAUCGCGGCCUGGGCCAAGGGAGAACUUCGGGAGCUUCCGGGCACCUAUGCCGGUCUCACUGGCAUAGAAAAGGUCUAUAUCGGCCUCAGCUGUGUGAUCGGUCUUUCCAUCUGCUACACGGGCAUCUGGGCACAGAGCCUCAUCAGCGCAACCAGCUUCCUCGUCAUGGUCAAUGCAAACAAGUUCGUGAUUAUUUGCAUCGAAGCCUUCGGCAUGCACACCAAGGUUCUGACGCUGAAUCAGUUCGUCGGCGCCUGUGUGUCAAUCUUAGGCGGGAUUUCAUAUGGAAGGGCUCGCUCGUAUAUUGAGCAAGAAGCCGAAGAGAGGAAGCAGUUGGUGCCAGCGAAAGUGUGA